UAAAGCAUGUAUCACAAUAAUAAGUUUAGGAACAUCUGACUUUAUAAGAUUAUUCAUACAGCUAAUAAACCUGUUGGAUGUUUCUGGUACGAAAACAACAAAAUGUAGAAAAAGCUACUAAUGGCUCAUUUCAUUUAGAACAUGCAUUUAGAACGGGACAAUUUUUGUAAGCAUGUACAAUAAUAGCAUCAACCUUACCAAGAAUGUAAUCUCCACGGAAUUUCUUGUCAUACUGUAUAUGUCGUUGGUAAGAUAUACAGUUCAUUUGUAUUCCUACCAAAUUUCUUUUUAGACUGUAAAAUAAGUGUUUUUGUAAACACAAGCUCUAGUGAGCAGUAUAUAAUCGGGAUGCUCAAUCAAAGUGCAUGACCUUCAGCCUUAAUGUUUAUUGUGUGUUAGACACAUAAUCUCUCACAGUGUCCGGUUGUGUAAUAGGUGUGUCAUGUCUGAGCUACACAAUGACCUGCCUUUAGUAGGCCACAAUAUGAAGUUGUACAGGUCUUAUGAAUCUGUGUUGUUACUGUUAACUAAAACUAUUCAAAUGCUUUUCAUUAAUUAAUAUAUAAAUAUUGGAUGAAGAAUGUAAUUAGAAAUGUUGCCUUGGCAAAUAACAGAAAUGAGUACUAAAAUUACUAAGACUAAAACUGAAAUGACAAAAGCAAAAAAAAUUACUAAAGCAAACUAAAAUAGUUAAUUCAAAAUAUUAAUGAAUACUAAAAUAAUUUUUUUUUAUGUGAAAUGUAAAUUGUUUGCAAAUUACAUUACAUUUUGUAAAUUAUUCCUCAAUGAUAUAACUCAAAUGAUCCUGUUGCCUUUUGUGAAAAACUGGCAGGAUAAACCAGCAGAUCAUUUUUUUCAUGGAUAAUUUGGCCAAAACAGCCUUUAGGAUGUGCUGUUUCUGAUGUUCUGUGUCCAGAAAUAUCAGUACAAAACAGGCCUUUAUACAUCAUCCCUACACCACAUAUGAUUGUAGCUAGAAAGCAGCAGUCUUAGUGCUGCCUAAAAAAUUGAAAGUGACAGUCUGUGUAAGAAUGUUUGUUAUCGUUUUUUUAGGAACACAAAUGAGAGAACGGCUUAUCCACAGCAGCAUGUUAUUUCUGCUGCAUCCAAUUAACCUUCCACUAAUCCAGUGGCUUGUGGAGCCAGCAGUGGAUCGUGGUCAAAUACAGGCUAUCAAAGUGUGGAAAGUUACUCUAGAUGUGCAUGAGAGUAUCAAAGUCGGCUAAAAUAUAGAACUGAUAAGAGUAAUAGUGGUACACAGCACUACAAAUUGGAUACAAAAGUCUUAAGUGUACAAACAGGCAUCAGCUGUGUUGAGUGCUGUUAUGCUCAUUCUUGGAUGCAAAUUUGUGUUGCAUCAGUUGGGAAAUAUACUGCAUUGAUUCCUCAGACAGUAAGAUUACUGUUCAGCACAUGUAACUGUGAAAGGGGAGGGAGGAGUGGAGAGAGAGAGACAGAAAGAGACUAAGGGGAUUAGGAGGCUUCUCUCGAAACAGUGCCCAUGCCAGUCAGAGCAUUUUCCGAUGGAAGUCCUUCAUCUUCACUUUGAACUGUUGGUGAAUUCUCUAACAAGAGACAGAUUGGAUCACAGAACAAGUCAAGUGAAGAAAAAAUGGGAUAGUUAGUGUUAAAAAAUGAUGGUUGGGCAUGUAUAUGAUAAUCAGAAACCAAGGCUGGACUUAAGUACAACCGGUUCUUGAAGAGCAGAAGAUAUGAAAUCUAAAAGGUGCCUCUAAAAGAUCUUUAACUUCUGUUUCCAGUGUUUUUUUUCAUGUCAUACUAUUACUUGCAUCAGGAACUGGUUUUUAGUAUUACCAUUCACUAUGUGACAGUCUCAUUCUGGAUCUGACACGGUUUUUGCUUUUGUGUUCCACCUGUUGGAUAGUUAAAUGGUGCUAAUAACUGAGAAUGGUGUACUUCUGGUCAAAGAUCACCAAUGCAGCACCGGCCACAACCGAGCGAGAGACUGGAACAAUGAGGAGUCCUCCAUACAGAGCACCACUUUCGUGGAGCCGACAGAGGACUCUUAUUAUGCAGAUGAUGAAGACCACCAUCCUUAUGAUGAUGAUGACGACGAUGACGACGUCUACCAAGAAUUUGAGGAGCUGGACUUUUCAGAACUACCAGACACCAAGAGCAUUGUGUCUGAAGAUUCCUUCUACCCACCUGACGAUUCCCUCAACUUUGAAACAUGUCAGGAUCCUGAGAGCCCCGAGCCAAUCAGCUUCUUUAAAGCGUGCUGCUCUAACAACGCCAUCAUCGUCAAAAUCAUGCUUAGACAAGGUGUGACGGAGGAGGAGGUGCGAGAGACGGACAAAAAUAACAGAACGGGUCUGAUAGUGGCGUGUUACCAGGGCUACGUGGAUGUGGUCAUUGCCCUCUCUCAUUGUCCAUAUGUGGAUGUGAACUGGCAGGAUAAUGAGGGAAAUACGGCUCUCAUGACUGCUGCACAAGCAGGUCACAGUACGAUUACCAAUUACCUGCUGAACUACUUUCCCGGGCUUGACACUGAGCGCAGGAAUUGCCAUGGCUUCACUGCGAUGAUGAAAGCAGCCAUGCAGGGUCGAGCCGAAUGCGUACGCUCUCUCAUGAUGACAGGAGGAGACAUUGAAGCAAGGGACUUUGGCCGUAAGCUGACACCACAGGAAUGGGCCCUGUUCACGGGCCGUUAUGAGACCGCCAGAUUGAUGGCCCGACUGAUGGAACAGCCAUGUGCCGAACAGUUCUGUGACUCUUACCACAUGGAGUGGCCUAUGCUAAGCGAACUGGUAGCUCGUUCAAAGCAGCCCAAAUCCUGCUGGAGAAAGUUCUCUGAGUGCGUCUGUAACUUGUUUUCCAUCAACAUGAAGACUAACCCUGUGGACGAAGGCGCCAUGGACUACACGGUGCGCAUGACUACAGCGCUGGCCAGUCCAUUCAUAGCCACUGCCUGCCACACUGUGUGUCCGGGCAGCCCUCCGUGUGUGGGAAAACGUCGCCCUGCUGUCCAGGACAUCAUCCGUAAACAGCGUUUGGCUGAGAUGAAGAACCUGGGGCCCGAGCGCCUCAACAACUAUAAGCGGCUCUUCCAGAACUCCAGGGUGCUGCUGGUGCCGAAGAAGCAGGAGCGGCGCGCCAGUCUGCAGCCGCAGUUACUCCAAACUGUCGCGAUGGCCUCCACCAUGGCCCUGCGGAGAAGCAGCCUCCUGCCACUUCAUAUGAUGCGCAGGAGCAGCGUGCGUCCUGGGAUGGUGGUUCCUAAAGUCAUGCUGUGCAAAGCACCUCCUUCCACAUACACCCCGGAGCCGCCACCGUCCAGAAUUUCAAAAGACUUAUCGCACCUACAGAUCCCUAAAUGGAAGUACAAAUCUCUGAAGGAGGAGAAGAAAGCUGAACGCUUGGAUAGGUUAAGACUGCCAGUUGGGAGGAAAAAGUGAUGUGGCUUUGAUGCCAAAGUGUUUUUAAGGAUUUUUUUCUACUGUGAAGGCUUAUUGUUAGUGUGAGAGUCAUACACUACCCUUUUAGACUGGUAUGGACUAUAAAAUUUGGAUUUUUACAAUAUUUGCUCUUAUUGAUACAUUUAAGGCAUAAUGAUUCUAAUUCAUAGUAACGGAUAACAAAUUUAAUAGCUUUUCUGGUUCAUUAUCUUGAGGCAAUUCAUACUUGAAAGUUUAAGAAUACUAAUUUCUGUUUUUCAUAUUGCUCUCAAGACUGAAUUUUAGAAAGGGAGUGUUAUAUAAAAAAGCUGCUAAAACAUUAAACAGCAUUGAAGGAAUAGCCUACUAUAUCUGGUCUCGACAUGUUCUCUUCUAUUACCUCUAUUUAUCUCUUUGAAAGUUAUUAAUACAGUAUUGAGUCUGCAUUACAAAACAUCAAUUGUUUUGUUGACUUUCUAAGAUAUUCACACAGAAACUAUUUCCUGUAAACGGAUCAGUCAUAUGUAAAGAACUAAAAUAAGAAUUUGAAGAAACACUAUUAGCGAAAAACAGUUAUGAAUGCGAUAAUAAAGUAAAAACAAUGUAACAAAAAUUACCUGUUUGUGUAUCAGAAAACUGUUCUGUACAGCUUUAGUAACUGGAAUCCAUUUGUUUCGUGUCUUAAACAAAUGUGGCGCGCAUGCGCAAACGGCGCUCUGAUCGGCCCAGUUUACUCGUGUCAAAGUGGGUGAUGAAUAAAUAAGGUGUACUAAUGAAACGA